AAAACGUCAAAAUAAAUCAACCAAUGAAAAACGAGUUAAUGGUUUGCAGAACAACAACAAAACUCGAGGAGGAUUCCGCACGAAAACAAUGAGAAUCUCUCUUUUCUGUGUUAGAUAAGAAAGGCAUCGACUCACAGCAGCAAAAUCAUGCCUGUUGAAAGAGGAUUACGAGCAACCUCCCCUGUUCAUGUUCAUGUAGAAGAUGAUAUUCCAGUUCAUGUUCAUGUAAAGCAAAAAGGAAAAAAAGUAACAAAAAAGACUGGUUCUGGAAUAACAAGUGUCAAAUCAGGCAAAUCUGUUCGAAGCAAAUCUGCAUCUUCGCGAGUAAAGACUCCUGUCACUGGUCCAUGGGUGCCAGCUCCUGGUCGCGCCACCAAAGGACAGAAAGUAUCGUGGCAGUGGCAUCCAAACCAUGGUGCCUGUUUUGGUUGCGGAGACAGAACUAGGAGACCAAGAUCGAGAUCAAAACCAAGUCGGUACUGUUGGAAGGGCCCCACACACAGACUAGAAAUAAAUACACCAAAAGAUGGCCUCAAUAUGGAAGACCUAUCCACUGAUGAAGAAGAACGCGUCCAUGGUCAAAUGAAAAAUUAUGAGAAGAAAAUUGAAAACCUUAUGUCAGAGAUGGGGUCAUUGAAAAAUGAGGUUGAGUUGCAGCACAGUCAAAGAGAGUUGGAAAAGAGAGAGGAAAUGUUGGAAACAAGCAGGCAUGUAAUGGAUGUUCAGGAGCGAGAGCUUGAGGAAACCAAAGAUGAGCUGUCCAUGGCAGAGCACGAAAAUCACCUCCUCAGGAAAAGCAUGGAGAUGCUCAGUGAAGAGGCUAACGUAAAUAGAUGUGAUGUGCAGGCUCUUUCUAAUGAGAGGGAGAAACUAAUGAAGAAACUAAUUGAAGUAGAAAUGGAUGGACAGGCAGCUGUAAAACAAGUCAAUGAAAUGAGAGAAGGCUUUAGAAGACUGAGAGAGGAUAACAGGAUAACCUCCUCUGACUACAACAGAAUGAUUAAACAGAAAGACAGCCUCCUGGAGAAAUUGACAGACUUUGAGGCGACAAAUCGCGCUCUGAGGCGACUGUUGAGGGAACAGCAUCAAGCCGAGACAGCUGCUAUUCGGUUGGGCGAGCAGAGAGACCUGUUGAUGAGGCGUCUUGGGGAAGCAGACAGAUUCAAUGAGCGUCUGAAGAUAGAGUUGCGGGACAGAGACCUGAUGGUCGCUGAGCUCCGCUCACAGCUUGCAGCACAAAGAAAAGCUUCAUUUAAGAAAGAGACAAAAUUGAAAGAUGAAAACUUAGCUCUCUCUGGUCUCCAAUCUUCCAUUGAAAACACUAGAGCACAUUUGCAAAAACAGUUACGCACCAAAGAAGCUGAUUUAAAUCGUAUGGCGGUUCAAAUUCGGACAAUAGAGAGCACUAGAGCCCAGGACAAAAUUGAGAUUGAACAUCUUCAGGAACUGGUGAGUCGAGCCAAGGAAAAGGCGGACCGAGACAAAGAGGCCCUCAAAAAGGCGACCAGAGUGCAAAAACAACGGGCAGAGAAAAGUCAGGAUGCCCUGGAGAAGAUGAGUGUGCAGUUGAUGGAACGGGAUGCACAGCUAGAAGACUUACGCUCUCAGCUGGAGCUUAUGGGGCCCAGAUACGAUAAAAUGUCCAAAGAGAAAUCUCAGCUCUUGGCUGAGAACUCUGCACUCAAGACGUGGUGUGAAACAGAGGGGCGGAUGGGUGAGCUGGAGUCCCUGAUGGACCAAGUGGAGAACAGCUCCAAGUCCCAGCAGGAAUCAGUCAGUGUACAGCUCCACGAAAUGCAGGGAGAGAACUCCGUCCUCAAAGUGGAAAAUGAGCGCCUCAAGACCUCCAUACAAACAAUAGAGAGUAAAUUUCAGCAGGCUGAUGAAGAACUUGUCCAACUUCGCGGAAAUCUCAAACAGUACGAAAAUCUGGUGGAGGAGUACAAAGCUCAGAUGAACAAAUCACGCCGUGAGGCCGAUGACACUAUGGUACAGCUGGUCGAGGAGAAAAAGAACACGGAGUAUAUCGCCCAGGAGAGCGAGAUAGAGUUAGAGAAGGUCAAAGUUCGUCUUCAUCAGCGCCUACAGGAAUUGGAACCACUUCCUGACAUGCUCAAAUCGACAGAACUCAAACUGUAUGAAUCCCAGGAGAGAAUGCUGCUCUAUGAGAAAAAGAACACUGAAAAUACCAAGCUCAUAGCAGAGCUGACUGCCAAGGUGGAACAUGUCACGGAUCAACUGGAACAGAACCGGAACAGAUUCCAUGAAGCGCAGGAUGAGAACAGACUGAUGCAGAGCAAGUUGGAAUCACUAGAAAGAAAACUACGUGAUGCGGAUGAGCAAAACCGAGAGUUGAUGGCCAGUGUAGCAAAGAGAGAGGAGGGGUUGCAUCAGAACAAUCUUAGACUUGAAGAAAAGUCCAGAGAAAAUGCUAGUCUCACUCGUCAGUUAGAAAACGCUUUGUCAGAUAUAAGACGCCAGACGGAACAAACAAGAGAUAAAGCUCUCCAGAAGGAGAGAACAUACCAAACUCGAAUCACUGACCUGGAGUCACAGAUGAGUCAGUGUAGGGCGGAAAUUGCUCGACUCAAACGAGAGAAAGAGGAGAAUGAGAGGAAGUUUAACUCGCGCUUAUAUGACCUCAAAGAUCGACUGGAACAGUCCCACAGUACCAAUCGUAGCAUGCAGAACUAUGUUCAGUUCCUGAAGAACUCAUAUGCCAAUGUUUUUGGGGACAGUAAUGUUUCCUACCCCUCUACUCCUCUAAACUCAGGAAAUCCUCAAUUCUAGCAUAUAACUGUAAUUCUUAGAUAUUGUAUUUCUUAUAACUUUAGCUCAAAAGGCAUUUAAAUAUAUAACAAAUAUUUUCAAUAUAUUUCUGAGAAUUUUUAUAAUACAGUUAAAUCAUGAUAAAAUUUACUUGUAUAUUUAGAAUUCUUGCAUAAACUUUGAGAUCAGUGACUUGCCUAGAUACAAGUAUAAGACGGCACAUUUAAUGUGUUUUAGUUGAGUAUCAAGUAAUUUAUUUUUAUGUUACUUUUAUACUGUGUCUGUGAUAUUUUUUUUUACCGUUUAUUUUGAUUUUGCCGUCCUUUUUAUUCCACAUAGAAAAGGGUGCUUUUAUUUUUAUUUUGGAAUUCCAUUUAGUACAAAUAUUUACUGGUAUAAAUGUAUGCAUAAAAGAUUUUGUAUUGAUAGUACAACUAGAUCAUGAUUCAUUUUCAUAAUCCAAAGAUACCGAAAAUCAGAUAAUCAAAACAUUUCUUGCAAUUUGACAGAGUAAGAUAUUAAUUAUUUAAGACUAUUUUCUUUUCAAAACCUCAAUUUUCAUUUUUAAGGGGAAAAAAAUUUUAAGUACACUAAUUGGUGGAUAUUAUUUUAUAUGGUGAUGUUUCUGAACUGAGCGAAAAAAAUUCACAGCUGAUUGGACAGCAUUUUAGUCAUGUGACAAACUGCCACACCCAUCAGUUCAUCACUCACUUUUAAUGGUUGUAAUGUACAUGUACAAUAUUUAAUAAAACUUUGUAUUGUAACAAAGUAAAACAGCAAUAAAAAUGAUUGAAUAAAUGA